AUGGGAUCAAAAGGAAUCUUAAUAUUUGUGUUUUGUUUCAUAGGUGGUGAGGAGAACGGACAUGAUGGAGACAGCUGGAAAAACUCAUGUGGAGACAGAGGAGGAUUCAGAGGUAGAGGAGGCAGAGGGCACGGCAGAGGAUUCAGUGGAACAGAACGCAAUGACUUCAACGGAGACGAUGAAGAAGCGCGUGAAAACGGGUUUAGAGGAGGAAGCCGAGGAGGAAGAGGUGGCAGAGGAGGGAGAGGAGGAUUCAGACAAGAUGGAGAAUCGGGAGGCAGAGGAGGCUUUGGAGGAGGAGGAGGUUACCGCGGCAGAGACGAGGAGACCUUCGAUAAAGGGGAUGACAAAGAGAAUAAAGAUGGCAACGAAGAAGAACGCAAGGUGACAUAUGUUCCCCCAACGCUACCUGAUGAUGAAGACUCAAUUUUCGCCCACUACGAGAAGGGCAUUAACUUUGACAAGUACGAUGACAUCAUGGUGGACGUCAGUGGGUCAAACCCACCUCAGGCGAUCAUGACUUUUGAGGAGGCAGCGCUGUGCGAGUCCCUGAAAAAUAAUGUCAACAAAUCUGGGUAUGUGAAGCCGACUCCAGUGCAGAAACACGGCAUCCCGAUCAUCUCUGCAGGCAGAGACCUCAUGGCCUGUGCUCAGACUGGAUCCGGCAAAACGGCGGCGUUCUUGCUCCCAAUUCUGCAGCAUCUGAUGGCAGACGGCGUUGCAGCGAGUCAGUUCAGUGAGGUUCAGGAGCCCGAGGCCAUCAUCGUGGCCCCGACGAGGGAGCUCAUCAACCAGAUUUACCUGGAGGCCAGGAAGUUUGCUCAUGGGACGUGUGUGCGCCCAGUUGUGGUUUAUGGUGGCGUCAGCACCGGACAUCAAAUCCGAGAUAUCUGCAGGGGAUGCAACGUGCUUUGCGGAACCCCGGGGAGACUUCUGGACGUGAUCGGAAGAGGAAAGAUUGGGUUGAGCAAGCUGCGGUACCUGGUGCUGGAUGAGGCCGACCGCAUGUUGGAUAUGGGCUUUGAGCCUGACAUGCGCCGCCUGGUAGGCUCUCCUGGGAUGGUGGACAAAGAGAGUCGUCAGACCCUGAUGUUCAGCGCCACCUACCCCGAGGACAUCCAGAGGAUGGCGGCUGAUUUCCUAAGGACGGACUAUCUGUUCCUGGCUGUUGGCGUAGUGGGCGGAGCCUGCAGCGAUGUGGAGCAGACGUUUGUUCAAGUCACCAAGUUCUCCAAGAGGGAGCAGCUCCUUGACAUCCUGAAGACGACAGGAACGGAGCGCACCAUGGUGUUUGUAGAGACCAAGAGACAAGCAGAUUUUAUCGCCACUUACCUGUGCCAGGAGAAGGUUGCGACCACCAGCAUUCACGGUGAUCGGGAGCAGCGGGAGCGAGAGCUGGCUCUGUCGGACUUCCGCUCCGGUAAAUGCCCGGUCUUAGUGGCGACCUCAGUAGCCGCCCGUGGUUUGGAUAUUCCAGAUGUGCAGCAUGUGGUGAAUUUUGACCUCCCCAACAACAUCGAUGAGUACGUCCACCGCAUCGGCAGAACUGGCCGCUGCGGUAACACUGGGAAGGCGGUGUCUUUCUUUGACACGGAUAAAGACGGCCAAUUGGCUCGCUCGCUGGUCACAAUCCUGUCCAAGGCUCAGCAGGAAGUCCCCUCAUGGUUGGAGGAGUCUGCAUUCAGCGGCGGAGGUCCCGCUGGUUUCAAGAACUUUAGCUCCACGGACUCCAGGAAGGGUCAACAUGGAGGAUCUUUCCAGGACAACAACAUGCAGAGUCAAUCCGCCGUUCCUGCUGCUGCUGACGAUGAAGAAUGGGAAUAAUGAGAAUAUUGUAUUAACACACCCACACAGCACUGUUCUGAGUUAUUUUUUAUUUUCUGAUAGAUGUUCAGCUUGUUUUAGUUGUGUCAGUGUUUUUGUUUGACUGUUUUAAUUUUGUCUUGAGACAAAAUAAUGCUUAACAAGUGUGACAAUCCUGUCUGACUGCACAUAUUGGAAGUUUGUUUUAUUUUUUAAUCACCUCUUUGAUUAAAAAAGAAAAAAAAGGUUACUAAGGAAAACAAAGUGUCUGACCAUAAAGUCAAAUUUGAGAAUGUCAUAUUCCAAAUAUAAUUUGUUUCCUCCUCGGAUAAAGAGAACUAAUAAAUUAAUAUUUGUUCAAA